ACAGACAACCACUGAGAGGAUGUGAGUCCAUCUUCAUUCUGCUGAGCUGCUGCUGAUGGCCGGCUGUGUUGCAAUCACAAUGGUAUGUUCUGUAUGGAAACAUUGAAUAGAAGAAGUAUUGUCAUUCUGCAUGAUUUGUUGUUUGUGAGACUCUUUUUCUUGCAUGCCUUGUCCAAAUGGAGGAUUUCAUCAUCAUAUGAUGGUUUGAAUUUUGACUUUCAACUGUGGGUUGUGGUAGCAGGGAGCAGUAUAUAUCCUGACUGAAACUGAUUGUUUAACUUGAAAUAGGAAUACAAACUGUAAGAUUAGACUGGUUGGAUUGAGCGCUUUCCGUGUGUUUACCUUUAACGUGAUCAGGGCAUUACAGUAAAAGCAAGGCUCCGCUUACAAAGCUGCAUUACUAUCAAGAGACUUGGGUUGCUCAUCAGCAAAACUGGAUAUGCAGGAUUUUCAUGGUACAGUUGCAACUGAAGAGUACAGACAAAAACAAAGGGAAGUGGUAUUCAUUCUUAACACACAAUUGCAGCCUCUGUUUUACAAAUGGCUACUGUAUUUUGUGACUUCCCUUUGGAUAAAGACUAGAUUUGUGGAAUGAAAAACCCAGAAGUGGGUAGGAGUAGCUGAGGGACAGAGGGAGGAGUCAGAAGGGAAGCGCACAAACCUAAGGGAGGGGCACGGUUUUUGUCUUCAGCUGUAACAGACCUAGCACAUGCUUGUAUCACUUGCUCGUCCAUUUUUUUCAUUCUGCCGUCUCUGUUUUCUGGUUUGUUACAUUUGGAGCGCAUCUACAACCCCACUGGUACCAUGGAUAAAUUCCAGACUGUCCUGCGUUUCUUCAUGAACCAGAAAGCCACAAUUGGCUACAGUUUUAUGGCUCUCAUGACAAUAGGCGGGGAGCGAAUCUUCUCCAUGGUCUCCUUUCAGUGUCCCUGCAACCAUGACCAGAACUUUGCCUAUGGGCUCACAUUCCUGCUUGGACCUGCAGCUGUGCUCCUUGUCUUGGGUCUGUUCUUCAGCGCCAGAUUGUGGAGGCUUUACACUGGGUGCUGCCUGAAUCCCAUGAAGCUUUGUCCCCGCGGAAGAUGCUUUGGAUGCUUCAGAGUGUUUCUAAGCAUCUUUACAGGGGCUUGUGUAGCUCCUAUAAUGUGGCUUUCCGUGGCCCUGCUCAAUGGAACUUUUUAUGAGUGUGCUGUCAGUGGUCUCGACGAAAACCUGGUGGUGGACCUCUUCUGUAAAAACAAGACCAUGAAGUGUCGAGAGGAGCUAGCCAGAGUUCCCUGUGGCAGGUCCAAGUUAUCUGAGGAGGAGCGCAUGGAUCUGCUGCUGAUGUUCAGGGCCCAAUCUCAGAUUCUUGGCUGGUGCAUCAUCAUCAUCGCAGCCACGUUUGGGCUUCUUGGUACCUGCUACACUAACUGCCGUUCAAAUGUUAGUUUCCUGCAGCUCACGUUCUGGAAACGCUAUAUGGACAAAGAAAAGGAGCAUUUUGAUGCCUACGCUCUGGAGUAUGCCUCCAAACUGGCUGAAAGAAACCUACAAAGUUUCUUUGAGAACAAGGAUCCCGAUCCAUUUCCUUUUCCCAAUCACAAGGCCUGGGAGGAGAUUUCUGCACUCUACACUUUCUCAAGGAGUGAACAAUAUUACAGUACUCUGCAACGUUAUGUAGAGAGAGUAGACAGGGACUUUGCACCAGAGAAGAGACCUGUCAUGGACUUGGAGAAUGGAAUUGAAAUGAAAUAGUUUUUUUGUUUUUUUAUUUUUUAUUGUAAGGAGGGUGCAAUGACAGAGCAGAGUGUGGAGACUGUUGCAGAAUUAGUGAAGGGGACAACCACUCCGUUUUACUGCCUUGUUACUUUUAAUGCCUUCUACUAUAUAAUUUUAUAAAAUCCAUACUUUGGAACUGCACAUAUACAAAUAACAUGUUAGAAAACUGAAUAUGUUGUGAAUAAUAUUCACUUACCUC